AUGUUAAUGUGUUGUAAUUCAAAAAGAUUAAAAACGGGUGAAUCCCCAAACAGAUCGAAAUCAAAACCAAAACAACGAAACAGUGAGAUCUGUCCGAUGUUUACAAAGGAACGAUGGAUAGAAAUUAUGAAGAGAUCAUUUGAAGACUAAGGAUAUUCAGAAUUAAGUUAUAAUCUUAGACAUAAUUUUCCACUUGAAUUGAGAUGUCAAGUUUGGUUUUGGCUUACAGAAAAAGCCAGAAUCAAAAGUUGUUUAUAUCAAAAGCUUUAAUUUGAAUCACCAUCUGAGCAAUAAAUACUUAAAGAUCUACACAGGAGUUUUCGAUCAAAACGAAAUACUAAGAGGAUUUCUGGUUCUUCUGAUUCUAGCUAACCAGAUAAGAAUUAAGAACAAGGAAAAGUUGAUUAGCAAAAAUUAGACAAGUUGAAAAGGAUUCUAAUUGCAUAUUCGAACUUGGAUAAGGAAGUUAAAUAUGUCUAGGGAAUGAAUUUUAUAGCAUCUUCUAUACUUGAACAGCUAGAAUAAGAAGAAUUGUGUUUCAUAAUUCUAAAUCACAUCUUAAACAUUCAAAAUUAUAGAAAAGUAUUUUUAAUGGAUAUGACAAUCCUUGAGAUUAUUGAUAAGCGGAUUUAGUUUGAAGUUCCUCUUAUUUAUAAUAAAAUGUAAGAAUUAAAAGUCAAACCACAAUAUUGUUUUGACACUUAUAUAUUUUCAUUGUUUUAACUUGUCAGAAAGGAAUUAGCACAUAGAAUAAUAGAUAUUUUCUUAUUUGAAAAAGAAUCCAUUUUGUAGACUGUUAUCAUAUAAUUACUAAAAAUGCAAUAAGUUGAAAUUUUGAAGUGUCAAGAUCAAGAUGAAAUGAUUAUAUAUAUAAGAAAUGAUCUUAUAGAAGACGCCCUCGACAAAUUGGAUGAUGGAAAGGAUUAUUUAUCCUAGUUGCUUUCAAUUCAUUUAUGA